CCUCUCGCUUGGCACUCAGGACUACUCGUCAACAUGUCUGUCUCGCUUCAUGUUGGGUCUCGCGGCGCUCGAGUCUAACUGUACAUGUGCCGAUGGCAUCCUCAACACAACGACUUCAGUUCUGGUGCCAAAGUGUGCGAGUGCAGGUGAGAGUGCAGGACGCGCUGGUCACCUACUGCGUGUUAUGUCCGUGGUGUUAUAGAUAUCGUUUCCCGCGUUCGGGGGACUCCGUGCGAAUGUGACGCGUCGGCCCCUGUCAGGUGGCUGUAGGGUGCACGAAACAGGGGCUUUGGUUGUGCACUGGACGUGGGUGGUUCGGUGUGGGCUCUGGGGUGGCGUGCGAAGGCCAUCGUAUUCGGCUGGUCUAGGAACAAGUCGUCUGGGUGUCUCCCUGUGCCCUCCCUACCCCGCCACCCACUAUAACAUACGCCACAUCUUUCGUGUCUCCUGUGAUUGCGAAAGAGGGCUGUUCUCGUGUCGUUUGACGUGGUCCUCGUCACCUGAAGAGCGUUCGGUUCAGUGCUAAUGGAUCCCAAUGGAUACUUACUGUACAUUUAGCUUCGGUAGUGACCACGCCACGUAUCAGACGAUAAAUAUAUAUGGAUUACACGAACUUCACUGGCCUGGAGACCUAGACGGGACCGCGGUAUUUCGGGUUAAGCCUCCCUGGCUGGCUCUGUCGUUAGUGACGCAUGACUCAAUGAGGGCCGUGGUCCUGUCAUGCCUCCUGCCACUUCUGCUGUUGGUCGUGGGUGCACAGGCGGCGCCGUUCCCCUUCGAGAACCAGCUUCAGCGAGAAGUGACCAUCGGCCCUUCGUGCAUGGUGGAGAUCCUGCCGGUGCUCUGCAACACGCACUUCUACAACCCUUCGCCCGAGGAGGAGACGAGAAAUAUGCAGCGCGGGUACAGUUUAAGAUGCAGGGGAUCCGAAUGCCAGCCAGGGAACCUCAUGCGUGUGUACUGCAGUAACAACACAGCAGAUAUUCAACGAUUUACGACUUCUGUUGACCAAAGACCCGUUGGUUUGCUGCCCGCUGCUAAUAACGCUUAUCCAGAGUGCGACAGGUACAUCGACAAGAGCAAAGCAAGAUCACUCAGUCCUUAUUGUCAGAGGAAACUAGACUGUAUCUGUGGCAGGUGCUGUUCCUCCGUUAACGUCAAGCACUACCCGAGGGCCCUGCUGAACCUUUUGCUUACGGAAACCCCCCCCUCGCGGAUAUGUCCUUCGCAACUCAUCCUUCUGAAACUGUUGAAAUCAAAACUUCCGCCUCUUUUAGUGGAAGACAACACCCGAGACUGGAAGAUAGAAAACGUGAACGGGGCGCCUGUCGUCAACCCUCCUUUGGAAAGCGACGAGUUGACCUCGAGCCGUGAUAGAAACAGGUCCUGACUUAUUUGAAUUAGUUACAAUAUAUAUAUCUUUUUUCGAUGAUUCUCUGACGUGAUUUAGAAAAUAAUAGAGAGACCCAGAUUAAAAGACGGUUAAAAGCAAGGUAUUUCCUGAAAAAAAAAGAAAUAUAUAUAUUUAACUUCGUUGUAAAUAUAUAUAUUUAACUUUGUGUUUUACAGUGACCUGAUGAUGUAUGUAUUUGAAGCGACUGUUUCCUUAUGGUCUGAUAAAACUAUGGCUGUUAAUUAUUGUGAAAGAACUUUGGAAAAAAAUAGUAGAGUGAAAAAAUAUAUUCCGGUGUGAUACACUCAAUAUGACAGUGGCCAUGAGGAAAUGACAUGGCAAGAAUGAUAUUGCUCUGUGUAACUUGCCUUUGAAAAUAAAAGUGAGAAGGGUUAAGAAAACAAGGAUCCAUAUUUCAACUAAUACAUCAAUAGGGCUAAAGGCCGAGAGGACGCAUUGUGACAUCCGCCCUUCGCCGCUGACCUGGAGGGUUCUUCUUGGAAAGCCACCAGAUGGGGGUUGGGUCACGCAGCCGGACCACAGAUACUCAUGUCAAGAGAAUUCAUGCUUUUAGCGGCCAGACCAGUCCAUUUGUAGAUCCGUGGUCUGACAGCCUAUGAGCUAUGAAUUACACUAUCGAAAGAUAUCAAGGCUUCGUGACUUCGACUUCCACUAACGGCCCUGGACAGAGCAGUUUGGGUAUUUUCCCCGUUUGAUAACCAGAAUGCCGCGGUCGAUCUCCUGAGUUACAUUAUCGGCAUCAGUACCAGCGAUGGAGAAAGAGGCUGGUUUCACUAGUGGUCUCGAUCCCAUGUGGACCAACACAGAUCUUGUAGAAAACUCAGGCGCAGCUACAUAUCACGUUGAGGUCACCCUGUGCGAUAUGGGUAUCUUGCCUGGGGCAUCCAUCUGCCACAGAAGUAAGUUUGGGAAGUAAUACCCUUUUUUUCGCCAGUAGGAGUGAAAAUAACAGCGAAACGAAACCAACCAAAUAACAGUCUCAAUGCCAUUAUAUAUACACACAUCGAUCAAUGUUAUCUCCACGACCAGUGGACUUCAUCGCUGCGAUCUGUUCUGACCUGUACCCGCCCUUACUGGUCAUGAAAGGGAACCACCACCACCCAUGCUCUACCCAGUCUCCUCUAAAGUCGUGGCAGUCGUCCAAACUAUCGCGAAGAUCUGGUAUUCCAAGCCUCCCCCCCCCUGGAUGGCUCGUCUUCAGCUAUUCCUUAGGUGGUCGGGUUGGAUGCCACCCGGACGCCCUCCUUGGCAUCAACCCUCCAGAGUGGGCGGCGCAACCCUCCAGAGUGGGCGGCGCAACCCUCCAGAGUGGGCAAAGACAUAUUAUAUGGAAUACUGAUACUGCCUAUUGUGAAAACCAGGGCAUGGUUUAUGUAAUGUAAAAUGAGUAAUUAGCUUCAAAGUCAAUAUUCAUCUUUAGCAUUUGUUAUUUUCUUGGGGGAAGGUAAGGUGUAAAGAUAUAUAAAAUCUUUUAUUAUUAUUAUUAUUAUUAUUAUUAUCUUAUUAUUAUUAUUAUUAUUAUUAUUAUUAUUAUUAUUAUUAUUAUUACUAUUAUUAUUGUUUAGAAACCUAUUUAGAUCACACAUUUGAAAAUAGUUGAUUCUAGAAAUCAUGAUGUUUCACUCACUUAAGAUAAUCCAGACACUGCAGUUGCACUUUCCUUCGGCACUGUUACUUAAACCGAUACGGGGUUAUU